AUGUAUCGAUACAAAAUUGACUUUGGCACUGCAGACACUGGGAGAAUCCAGAAGCGAGCUUUAGUCUUAGGUCGGGAUACCCAGAAGACAUUCGAAAUCUCCCUAACAAAAGCAUUUGGUCGCAAUACAAUCAGCUCCCCAGUCGAGGACCCAGUCAGCGGGUCCAGGGCAGCCGAAUUUGGUGUAAACCGUAUCGGCUGCGGUAUUUUCGGUAGUCUUGUCUUCAUCGGCCAUAUUGAAAGCUACGCCUGGAACGAUGUUACUCAACUUGACAUCUCUCUAGUCCCCAAUGCGGUUCACACUGCCCUCAAUCUUGAAUUACUCUUCUUUGGUCGUCAUGGGAAAUGA